AUGGCUUUCUAUCUAAGUCGACGUACCACAAUAAUUGCCGUGCUGAUAGCAGGCCUAUACUACAUUUAUUUCCCAUCUUGUAGUCCUUCGGAAAACCUGAAAGAUUGGCAACGUGGUGGGCAGUAUAUCAAAUACGGCAAGUAUGAUAUAUUCUAUCAUGAUAGCCUUGCUGAAAAUGUCAACCAAGGAAAUGAAGCCACUCUCUUGGUGCAUGGAUUUCCCACUAGUAGCUACGACUGGCAUAAAGUAUCGGAAGGCAUUCGUAUGAAUGUCGGUAGAAUUGUAACGAUAGAUAUGCUUGGAUUUGGAUUUAGCGAUAAACCACUGGAUAUCAAUUACACCGUUGGAUUGCAAGCUGAUCUAUACGAAGAUGUUCUAAUGCAGCUUAACAUUACUCAGGUGCAUAUCCUUGCACAUGAUUUUGGUGAUACAGUAUCAUUGGAAAUGCUACGUCGAUUCAAUGAACGACAACUUGAGUCUGGUAAGAAUAGGCUAACAAUCAAAAGUUUAGCUCUCCUUAAUGGUGGUUUAUUCCCUAAAGUUUAUAAACCGCGUUUAAUACAGCAUAUGCUGGUUCAUCCUUCUCUAAAAGAUAUCUUACCUCGUAUCAUGAAUUAUUAUCAAUUCCGAUAUUCAUUUUCUGCUAUCUUUGGAAAAAAAUAUGAUUUUACUAGCCAAGAAUCCAUGGAUAUUUGGCAGCAAAUUACCUAUAAAAAGGGCGUCUUAAUUCUAGGUAAUAUCUUAGGCUAUUUACAUGAAAGACAAAUCAAUGGUGAAAAUUGGCUUGAUGGUAUGACAAAAAAUGAUAUACCAGUUAUCUUCAUUUACGGGCCAGAAGAUCCAAUUAAUCCACCUAUUGUAGUGCAGGAAUUUAAGAAAAGAGUCCCUCGAGUCGAAUGUGUUGUCCUUGAAGACAUUGGUCAUUAUCCACAACUGGAAGAUCCUUACAACGUCUUGCAAAAUUAUCUACGAUUUAGAAAGUCAUUCUAA